CCUACCUUACAUUAAAAAAAAAAAAACAAGAAAAAAAAAAGAAAAUACCACUCCUAGCUAUAACCUCCACAACAUUCAAAUAUAAAAAGAUACCUGAUUAAUCAUAGUCUUCUAAAUCCCCCUCUACUCUAUGAUAACAACAAUACUUUCAACUGAUUCAGUGGAGGUGACCAAAUUUUCCACCUUAAAAUUCCAUUUCCACUGAUUUUUUGGCAAGUUAGAAGAUGGGGUCUGUGGAGAGAUCAAAGAAGAAAGUACAGUUAUGGAAGAAAGCUAUUGUGCACUUCUCUUUAUGUUUUGUCAUGGGGUUUUUCACAGGCUUUGCUCCAACAGGGAAGGAUUCAAUUUUUUCUAGCCGUGUUGCUACAGAGAAUAAAUCACAGAUUUCGCCGCAGCCUGUCCAAACGUUGAACCAAUCAGCAACAGCAGUACAUAGCAGUAAUGUUAGCAGAAGUUUGAGAGCAGAAACUCCGGUGCCAGUUCCAGCAAAGUCCAAGGAACUAGAAAGUCCAAAACAAGUGGAUACUCAUGAAGUCAUCAAGCUGCCAGCUAGAAGACUCAUAAUUGUUGUUACACCAACAAGCACGAAAGAUCAGUUUCAAGGGGUGUUUUUGAGGAGGCUAGCGAACACUAUAAAGCUGGUUCCUCAACCAUUGUUGUGGAUUGUCGUGGAAGGGAAAUCUAAUUCGAAUGAGGUAUCCGAAAUACUUAGGAAAACAGGUAUUAUGUAUAGGCAUUUAGUGUUCAAGGAGAACUUUACAGACCCUGAAGCAGAGCUGAAUCACCAGCGAAAUGUGGCACUGAAGCACAUUGAGCACCACAAGCUGAGCGGAAUUGUUCAUUUCGCCGGACUUUCCAAUGUUUAUGAUCUUGAUUUCUUCAAAGAGCUUAGACAAAUUGAGGUGUUUGGAACUUGGCCAAUGGCCUUGCUGUCAGCAAACAAGAGGAAAGUUGUAAUAGAAGGACCAGUAUGCGAUUCCUCUCAAGUGAUAGGAUGGCAUCUAAGGAAGAUGAACAACCAAACAGAUGCAGAAACAGAUGCAGAGUCCAAACCUCCUAUUCAUAUAUCAAGUUUUGCAUUUAACAGUUCAAUCCUUUGGGACCCUGAGAGAUGGGGUCGCCCCACAUCUGUUCAAGGCACUUCACAGAAUUCACUCAAAUUUGUGAAACAAGUUGUUCUAGAAGAUGAGACCAAGUUAAAGGGUAUCCCACCAGAAGAGUGCUCCAAAAUCAUGCUUUGGCGUCUUCGUUUUCCCAUUGGAGUAGUGCCAAUAGACCUUGUCAAAACAGCCUCAUUGCUGGAUGUUACUGUUACUCAAAGAUAAAGGAGGAAAACAUAUGAUGCAGAGAGAUUUCAUUUGGUGGACAAAAAUAUAUGAUAAUGAAGAGCAUAGUCUCAAUUUUUUUUCCCAUUUAUCAUGUAAUUUUUUUAAUUGUUACACAUUUUACAAAUUUUUUUGUUCCUCUUUACAGUCUCAACAUGAUAGGGCACACCAUCUUUUUCUU